UAUUAGCACGCUAUGGAGAUUAAAAGCACCAGUUCCCAAUUCUUACCCUCUCUGGACCAUCUAGAGGGAAAGUGAUAUAUCUGAUUUCAAAGAGAAGGAGAUAGCUCUUUCUAUCAAUGAAAAGUGUGACAAGUCUCUAUACAUAAGAAAUGAUAUGGAGACUGAGUUCAUUAUAAAGCAAAGAAAUACUGGAAGUGCCAGAAAUGCAAAGAAGGAAAGGCAGACCAAACUUGUACUAUAUGUGACCUUAGUACUCAGCUUCCUAUUAAAAAGCUCAAGGGAUCUACCUGGGUCCAUAAUACUUGCUUAAACUUCACCCCAGAGAUAACUUACACUGAUGAGAAAGAAGAUAGAGUAGAUUUACUUGGGUUGCUUCCAUGGAGAACGAAACUCAAAUGUACGAUUUGAGAUCACUCAAAAGGAGCAGUCAUUGUGUGAAACUACAAAUCUUGUCUUGAAGCUUUUCACGUCUCUUGAGCAAUCCAAUCUAAACUUAUUGUUGAGUAUGAUAAAAUGCCGAGAUUUAAGGAUAAAGAUAUUGAUGAUGUUGCAAUAUUUUGACAAAAACAUCUCAUAGAAUCACGUGCAAAUAGCUAUUAUCAGACCUUUAUCUCCCCUGAGAAUGUAUGUGACCAUUUAGAUGCAGUUACCCAACAAAAAAUGCGUAAAAUCUUAUCAUCUAAGCUCUCUUCCUUACUUUCCUCCCCUCCCCCUCAAAUCCCAUUAAAACCCCUAAGACCUCGCCAGAGUCCAUCAGAAUCAGCCUCAGAUUCUGAAGAAGCCCAAAAGAAACUUGAACAAAAAUUAUUAAAGCUUAAAUCCAAGCGAAUUAGAAAGGGUAACUUGCCCAAAGGCAUCCGAAUCGCUAAAGUCAGGAAGCGAAAUGAGUAUUUCGUCUAA